UAUAAUUCUGAGUUUGGCGUGUAAAAGACUUCAAAAUAAAUUAAGCAUAAAUAAACAAAAAGAAAAAUAAAUAAUAAAAACAAACAUGGAUCUUAGUGGUAAAAAUGUAGUUUUUGUUGCCGGUUUAGGUGGAAUUGGUUUUGAAGCCUGCAAAAUAUUAAUGACUAAAAAUUUAGCUUACUUAGUUGUUUUAGAUGUAAUAGAAAAUCCAAAAGCUAUACAAACUCUAGAAGCGAUUAAUCCCCAAACAAAAGUUAUCUAUAUGAAAUUCGAUGUUACUGACAAGACAUGCAUAAAAAAUACUUUUAACCAAAUUGUUAGUGUUAUGAAGUUCAUUGAUGUUUUGAUUAACGGCGCCGGUGUUAUUUUGGAUCGAAAUAUUGAACUAGCUGUAAAUAUUAAUUUGAUUGGUCUUAUAAAUACCACCAUGGAAGCGCUUCCUUACAUGGAUAAGAUGCAAAAAGGACGUGGUGGCGUUCUAAUGAAUAUAGCUUCUGUUGUUGGUUUAGAACCCAGUCCAGCCGUUGCGAUAUACAGUGCAACGAAAUUUGGCGUUGUCGGAUUCACACGCUCUUUGUCGGAUCCAUAUUAUUACAAUCGCACUGGUGUUGCAGUUACAUCAAUUUGUCCCGGAGUAACCGAAAGUCCCAUGAGUAAAAAUCCAAAAAUUAGUGAUACGUUUGAUUACUCCAAACCCUUAACUGAAAAGUUUUUCUCUGCACCAAGUCAACCGGCAUCAGUAUGUGCCGAACAUUUGGUAAAAAUAAUUGAAAUGGCAGAAAAUGGAUCAAUGUGGAUUAGUAGCUUAGGGGAAAUGACAAAAGUAGAACACAAAGUUCACUGGACACCCUAAAUUAUUAAGUAGAAAUAAAAUAGAUUACUAACCGCCUGAAAGUUUGGUAUUUAUAAUAUUUUAUUUUAUAUAUUUGCAAAAAAGUACAACAAGUUUUGAUUGUGAAGGAUUGACACCAUGUAACAAAUGUGUUUACACCUUUCAUCAUUGCAAUGAUAUAAUAAUAAUUUUAUAAUAAGCUAUAUUAUUUAUUUCUAACUAAUAUGUAUUAUAAACUGAAUUUGCAUUAAAAAGUCUUAGUAGCUAAUUCUUUAUAAUAUGUAUUAGAUUUAUAAUUAAAAUUAUUAUCUAAUAAUAAUAACAAUUACAAGUAAAAUGUAUAGUCUGAAUGGCCGACCAUUUGAUACCCUACAAAAGUUAUAAGUAUAUCUACAAUAAAAUGUGAUUUAUUUUUUAAUAAA